UUUCCGCGGCCGGCCGUGGUGCUGAACGGACAGCGGCGCCGGGUGCCGCCGUCCUCUUCCCGAAGCGCACGCGCUCACACCGCGAUGGCGAUGGGCGCGCACGCCAAGAAAUGCGGCUCGAGGAGCGUGGCAGUGGAACGGAAGAACCUGAUCACCGUGUGCAGGUUUUCGGUGAAGACCCUGCUCGAGAAGUAUACGGCGGAACCAAUCGACGACUCGUCAGAGGAGUUCAUCAAUUUCGCCUCUAUUCUUGAGCACAUCCUCAGCCACUGCUUUAAAGGAGCGGGGAGUUGGUUCGAUGGCCAGCGCAGUUUCUGGGACUUCAUCCGUCUGGCCUGCAGUAAAGUACAGAACAGCUGCAUCGGCAGCAUCGAGAACAUGGAGAACAUCAGCUCGUCUCGAGCAAAGGGCAGAGCUUGGAUAAGAGUUGCACUGAUGGAAAAACGUCUGUCCGAAUACAUCGCCACAGCGCUGAGAGACAGCCGCACUACCAGGAGGUUCUACGACGAAGGGGCCAUCAUGUUAAGAGAAGAAGCCAGCGUUCUUACAGGAAUGUUAAUUGGACUCGGAGCAAUUGACUUCAGUUUCUGUUUAAAGGGAGAGGCUCUGGAUGGAAAAACGGAGGCAGUGAUAGACUAUACACCAUAUCUCAAGUUCACUCAGAGCUAUGACUACCUGAGCGAUGACGACGACUGCUGCAGCGUGGACAGCAGCAACAGUGACGACAGCAUUCCUGAGCAUCCCUACAUCCCGCUGAUCACGGACGAAGAGAGCUUGAGAAACAAAUAUCGCAGGAUGGAUCAGAGGUUCAAGAUCGUCAACGCCCAGAAGGGCUAUCUGGAGGAGCUUGUGCGAUUGCGGGAGUCGCAGCUGAAAAAUCUGGAGAUGGAAAACAAGAAACUGAACAAGAAACUGGAGGAGAUUCAGCUUCAGAGCCAUCAGGAGAAGAGAGAAUUGGAGUCGGUCGUACUGGAGCUACAGGAGCAGCUGACAAGUCUGAUUCCUGGUGAAGUUCAUCCUUUGUCUAAGGAUAUGUCUAUUCCUCUUGUAAACCAGUGGCCAUCACUCCACACCUACAACAACCAGGAAGAAAGCCUCUACUGCAGCCACAGUGGAAGCUUCCAGAGUCCCGAGCUUCUCUCAGCACACAUCAGCUUGGACUCGGAUUCCCAGAAGGCCGAAGGGAAGCCAAACGGCCAGCCUUGGUGCAGAGCAGAUAAAAACUAUACGCCCUCCAUCUUGGGGCUGUGUGGUUCUCUGAGCUCGUUACCCAGCUGUAAGUCUCUACCCAGCCUGAGGUCCACAGAGUGCCUGGUGAACAUUAGCGCAGAGCCAAGUCCUUCACUCACACCCAGCUAGAACCACACACACACACAUACACACACAGAAAUAUAUUUUAAUCAGCAAAGGCAUCCAAAGACACAGCAGCCGAUAAUUUACCCAUGUUUAGUGUUCAAUGCAAAUGCAUUACAGCAAAUUUACUUGUGUGGUAUAUUCCUUAAACCAAGUAUUGGCACGGGAUUUCACACUUGCUCACCUAUUUUCUGCUAUUGUCGGUAUUUCCUUUCUUAUGGUUGACUGUUUGCCGUCGUAUCUCUGGGUGUCUUUGCCAUACACUUUGCCUCGACCGUGGACUAUGCACCGACUGCCUAACCACCUGACGCACACCUCUAGCUAAACAAGUCACAUUUUCUCAAAUCUUAGCACCUGCCAUGUUUUUUGUUUUCCCUUUAAUUAAUCAAGGAGUCUUCUGCAAAUAAAUGCACAAGAUAUCAUAAUGUAUGGUUAUGACAUCAUCUUAAGAAGUGGUGAUAAAAAGAAACUAAAACAGCUGCCUUUUUCCUCUUUUAAUUAAUUCCAUUUUGAACUGCCAAAAGAUGGGAGCAACCAUUUCUGUGCCACGUAAAUAAAAGAUGCAUAUAUAUGUAUGUAUACCUGUACUAUUACAGACCAGUACAUAUAUAAUCUACAGUACAUGUAACUGCCAGUUUGUCUCUUUGUGUUAGCGUCAUCAGAAUCUGUUCUAACCUCCUUGUGAAUGCUGGGAGAACUCACUGGAUUAAAGAGUCUAAUUAAACCUUUGUUGUGUGAUUGAGGGUGAGAUUGUCAUUAGACAGUUCUUUCAAUCGUAAUUUUUAAUGUUUAUUAAUUUUAAUGUUGUAAAGUCACGUUUAUGACACCAGUGGAAACCCGGCUGUUCCUGUUCUAACUGCAAUAAAACAACUGCCUCUUUUUGG